CUGUGGCACUCAUGAACCCCUGGUACGGUGGUGUAUGUCCCAGGCCAGCACAGCGCUCAGCCUGGAACUGCAACCCCAUUCUGUGAGAGGGAUCGCACAAUUGCGCCUUCGUACUUUUGCAGAACGCAGUGCAGUGCAGAUCGAAUCAGCCAUAAUUAGGAACAACGUCAUGGGCAUUCAGUCGGAAAUUCGGGUAUAAAAUGUCUCUUCCAUCCUCUACUAUCACAGACGAGAAGGAUCAAGAGCAUCGUCAGCCGCCAAAUAGUCAACAAUCAGAUUUUUCUUACCUCGUCGUUCAGCUUCGAUUAAAGCAAAUUCAUACUUCUAUUUUAUUCCCCUCCCCAAACGAUGGCUUACGCUCCACCUUGCCAUCUCUCCGAAAUCAUCAACCUCUAUCCAAAAGAGGAAAGCACGUGUAUCGGCUACGCUCGCACUCAGGGCCGUAGAUGCCGAAAUAGUGUCAAGGCCGAAGACCGCGCACAAGCCAGCUUCCUACUGGAAAAAGCCACCAAACGACUCUGCGCCGGGCACUCCAUCGACAGUUUACUGGAAGAUAUCGCCUAUUGGGUCCUCUGCAAGCGAUGGCAUCGAAACAGCGAUGUUGCGGGAAUCUCCGCUGAGUGGCGGUCCCAGGUGUAUCGGUAUCUUGCGGUUCAAGCCUCGCCCUCGCAGCAUAUAAACCGCGAUGUUUCUGACCAUCGCUCCUCUACAUUUGUCACCUACGAGGUUUCUCACAGAGACGUCAACGCUGCGUGGUCUUUGAAAGUUACUCGUCCUCUAUCUACUCCUGAUUCCUACCAACCCAUUCGCGAGCCACCAAGGUCUCUACCACAGUCUCAACCUCAGAGAGAAACUCGUCCUCCUAUCCAUAACAAUACUAUUUACCCUUCAUCCUUAACUUCUUCUUCCUCUUCUACCACCUCCACCCCUCAAGUACCCGAAGACCCUUCCUCCGAUAUGUUCGCCCGAACUCAGCGCGCCAGGCGAGUCCUGAUGCCCACCUCCCGAUUGAACCGCACGCAAAUCCAGCCUAAUCCUGUCCCUAAAAAGGAGCCCAGAACUGGCACCAAAGUCGAGGCCAAGGCUUCCUCGAGUUUGGCCCCUCUUCAAAAAGCCAACCGUGGUCCUCCCCUUCAAUAUCUCAAGGACCAGAACCGUAUUCUUGACGAAUACAUGGACAAACUGCGACGUAUGGAGCCCCCAGAGGAUACGACGGAUCUUGAGGAGGACACAGCCGCCCAGGAAGAGAGCCACAAGUCUGAGCUCGCAACCGAGUUGAGAUCUAUCUUGUCGGCCUCGGGCUCGGCGGCAGCUCCUUUGGCAAGCGCCAGUCGUGCUACUCAGACAAGUCCCUCUAGGGAGAUUCUCGAAAGACGUCGUACGCUUGAUGAGUACAUUGCUGAAGUGAAACUCAUGAAACCUGGCGAAGACGAUCUGGAGACGACAACACAUACAUCGACCCAGGCGCUGAGGGACAUCGGCAUCCAUCUCGAUAAAUACACUCAAACUCCAGAGCCCCCGCACGCUGUCGAGCCUGUCGAGGAUACAGCGAACAUAGCAUCCGACGAGAAACCCUCAGGCCUGGAGAUCGACCAAGCAGCACCAGCUCCGGAACCCUCCAAGUCAACAGACAUCGUCCAGACCAAUGAAACAGAGGACGUCGAGUCACCCUCGCCCUCAUCCCAAUCUCCCUCUCAGUCCCUCCUCUCCCCCAGCCCAUCUUCCUCAUCCAUCACCACCCUACCAACGAGAUCUCCCUCGGCGGCAACCCACCAAAUCGACAAGAACAACAAUGGCCCCAACCCCCAACCUCCUCCCGAAACCCUCGGCCCGCUCAAGGGAUCGCACGAUAGCCCAUUCUACAAAAGAACUGAGCCCCCUUCACGUCCGUACCCAGUCCUGACCCUUGGCCUCGUCACCAGCAUGGCCGUGUCCGAGGGUCUUGGGACUCUGGGUCGCUGGAUGCGUCUCGAAGGACGAGGCUCUGUGGCUCUGUUCUGGGUGUUUGUGUAUUUGUGGGGGUUGUCUUCUGUGGGGCUUUUGUGAGCCGAUAUUUUUAUUUUGUGAUUGCUUGCCUGCUGAUGAUGGGCAUUGAAGAAAUAGGGGUUAGGAUCGACGUGGUUUCUAGAUUGUGACUGUGAUUAUUUUGUGGACUAUUACUUGAUGGCGUUUAUGGGAUGAUACCUGAAGCUUCCAUUUCUUUUGUUUUCGUUUCUGUUUUGUUUUGUUUUUUUGUUUUUUGUUUUUGGCUUAUUCGUUCUUUUUGGUUCAAGUUAUUGACUAGUCUACUAUUACUUCGACUGCACAAAAAAUUGCAUUCAGAUUGAU